GCACUCAUCCUGUUGGGUGAAAAACGCAAGCGCGCGCGUUCGUGUCGAGGUCUCUGCUGACGUGUUUAAAUCUCCGUAGCCGUGCGUGGCGCUGCCAUUCUCGCGCAUAACGCUGCAUAUCGAGCCAGUGCGCGCGCUGUUGUGCGGUGCGGUGUGGUGUGGUGCUGUUGUGCGGUGCGGUGCUGUUGUGCGGUGCUGUGGUGUGGUGCGGUGCGGUGCGGGGCGCGCGCUUGCGUUAUAGCGUGCAUUCGACGCGCUUAUGGCCGCGCUGUAAAGUGAAGCGGCGGAUGCUCAGUGGGAUCUAUAUUCGGAAUUCGGCUCAUUUUCGCAAAUGCAAAAGAAAACAUGGAGCCAAGCCUGGCCUUACUGCUCACCAGCUUGCUCGGCUGGUGCUCGUGCUCGAGUUUCCCAAGUAACAUUAAUAUAGGCGGUUUGUUCCCGACCGACUCGCAUGAAUAUGAGGUGUUCCGAUUCGCGCUAUCUCAGCAGCACGAGCUCCCCAAACUGGUGCCACAAGUGGACAUGGUGGACGUGGGCAGCAGUUUCGCCAUGACAUACGCAUUUUGUUCCCAGUUCUCUAAAGGAGUCUACGCCAUCAUCGGUCUAUAUGACAAGAAGACUAUGAAUAUGUUGAUGUCAUUCUGUGGGGCUCUGCAUGUCUGCUUCGUCACGCCCAGUUUCCCAAUCGAUACCAACAAUCAGUUUGUAAUCCAGCUCAGGCCCCAGCUCCAGGAUGCUCUGAUCGGCCUUGUGGAACACUACAAGUGGACCAAAUUUGUCUACAUGUAUAGCUCAGAUUCAGGACUGACUGUGCUACAGAAGAUCCUGGACACAGCUGCAGAAAAGAGCUGGCAGGUGACAUCCAUCAACUUUGAUACUCUUACAGAGGCAGCCUUCCUUAACUCCAUCCAGGACUUGGACAGCAAAAAAGAGCACAAGAUCAUUCUGGACUGCGAACUGGAGAGACUUAACUCCAUUCUUAACCUGAUUGCAGCACAAAGAAAGAAUCUGAAGAAUUAUCACUUUAUCCUGGCAAACCUGGGCUUUCUGGACCUGAAUUUGACGGAGUUCAGGAAAGGUGGUGCCAACAUCACAGGCUUCCAGCUAAUGAACUACACAGACCCGAUGGUUAGCAGGACCAUCGAUGACUGGCUGGAGUUUGACAGCAAAGACCUGAAGAGCCCUAAGAGGAGACUCAAGUACACAGGAGCGCUCACCUAUGAUGGUGUGAGCGUCAUGGCCACUGCUUUCCAAAACCUUAGGAGGCAGCGUAUUGACAUUUCCCGGCGGGGGAACGCGGGCGAAUGUCUGGCCAACCCCCCAGCACCGUGGGGACAAGGCAUUGACAUCCAGAGAGCCCUCCAACAGGUGCAGUUUGAAGGUCUAACAGGCCACGUCCAGUUCAACGAGAAAGGACAUCGAACAAACUUUACAGUCAGUGUAAUGGAGCUUGUUCCGAGUGGACCCAAGAAGGUGGGCUACUGGAACGAAAAUGAGAAGUAUGUGAGCACGGCGACGUACGCCCACACACUCAACGAGACGUUCGGCAUGCACAAUAGGACAUACAUAGUCACCACCAUUCUAGAAUCUCCGUACGUGAUGCUGAAGAAAAAUCACGAGCAGCUGGUAGGGAACGAUAAGUACGAGGGAUACUGCGUGGAGUUGGCCGCCGAGAUCGCCAAGCAUGUGGGCUACUCCUACAAGCUGGAACUCGUACCAGACGGCAAGUAUGGAGCCCGAGACCCUGAUACCAAAAUGUGGAACGGGAUGGUUGGAGAGCUGGUGUAUGGGAAAGCUGACGUAGCCGUGGCUCCUCUCACCAUCACCCUGGUCCGAGAGGAGGUCAUCGACUUCUCCAAGCCCUUCAUGAGCUUGGGCAUCUCUAUCAUGAUCAAGAAGCCCACCAAAUCCAAACCAGGCGUCUUCUCCUUCCUGGACCCGCUGGCGUACGAGAUCUGGAUGUGUAUAGUGUUUGCAUACAUUGGCGUCAGCGUGGUCCUGUUCCUGGUGAGCCGCUUCAGUCCGUAUGAGUGGCACAGCGAUGACUCAGAGGACGGCGGUGAGCAGCAGAGCCAGAACCGGACGCCGUCUCCUGAAGCUGGACAGUCGCAGUCGCAGGGUCAGCAUGGCCAGAGCCCCAGCCAGCAAGACAAGCAGGAGAAACCACCUGAGCACACCAACGAGUUCGGCAUCUUCAACAGUCUGUGGUUCUCUCUGGGUGCCUUCAUGCAGCAAGGGUGCGAUAUUUCACCUAGAUCACUGUCUGGUCGUAUAGUUGGAGGCGUCUGGUGGUUCUUCACCCUCAUCAUCAUCUCCUCCUACACGGCCAACCUGGCUGCCUUCCUGACUGUGGAGAGGAUGGUGUCACCCAUAGAGAGCGCAGAAGACCUGGCCAAGCAGACAGAGAUCGCCUACGGCACCUUGGAUGGAGGAUCAACCAAAGAGUUCUUCAUGAGAUCAAAGAUAGCCGUGUUUGAGAAGAUGUGGUCCUACAUGAAGUUUGCAGAUCCCUCAGUGUUUGUAAAGACCACUGAUGACGGAGUGGCGAGAGUGCGGAAGUCUAAAGGGAAAUACGCUUAUCUGCUGGAGUCCACCAUGAACGAAUACAUCGAACAGCGCAAACCCUGUGAUACCAUGAAGGUGGGCGGAAACCUGGACUCCAAGGGGUAUGGGGUUGCGACUCCUAAAGGUUCUGACCUAAGAAUCCCAGUAAACCUAGCGGUGUUGAAGCUCAAUGAGCAGGCCGUCUUAGACAAACUGAAAAACAAAUGGUGGUACGAUAAAGGCGAGUGUGGAAGCAAGGACUCCGGAAGAAAGGAUAAGACCAGCGCCCUGAGCCUCAGUAAUGUGGCAGGGGUUUUCUAUAUCCUGAUUGGAGGACUGGGGCUGGCCAUGCUGGUGGCCUUGGUCGAGUUCUGUUACAAGUCCAGAAUCCAGUCUCGGAGAAUGAAGGAAACUUGAACAUAAUCUCUGGAAUAUGAAUGUAAGAGAAAUUAAGAAAGUUCUUAAGAAAGACUUCUUUACACUUUAGUACCUAGCUAUAUUGCUUACAAGCUAAUGGCUACUGUAUUGCCAAAAACAGUAGCAAAUGUUGCUAGCAAAGUCACUUACAUUAGACUAAUUGUUAUAAUUUGUAAAACAGUAGCCAAGGUUGAUAGAAAGCUAGCUAAUAUUAUGUUAAAUAUGUUAAAUAUUAUUGAAUGUUAAUUAAUGUUAAUUAUUGACUAUUAUGAUGUGUAAACAAGUAGCUAGCAAGCGUUAGCCCUCAAAGUCCCUGAUUGUUGUGAUAGAGAGGGAUAAAGCUACAGAGUAGGGAUUAGCAAUGACAGAAGUGGAUACAAGCAGUAUAAAUGUCUAUUUUUACUUGAAUGCAAAUAUCUUUUGUCUUUUUAUUUUUGUCUAGGUAAAAUAGCCUCUUCUAAUCCUUUUAUUCCAAUUUAUUUUCACUAGGACACAGAAUAUAAACUCUGAUAUUGAGCUGCAGCCAAAGUAAUUCUCAAGUCACAGGCAAUUCCUCCCGUUUUUUUUUUUUUUUUUUUUUUGAUGCCAGAUAUUCUUGUGAGAGCGUUCGGAAUAAGGAUCCCCUCCAACAUCCAUAUCUUGGAUGAAGUUCAUCAGUGUGAAAUACACACCGUGAUUAUAAGAGCAUGACCGCCCUCCUUCUCAAGACAGGGUGUUAGUAGGAAAGAGGUAACAGUGGGCGAGUGUGAUAUAGACAGCCUCCUGCUGUGUUUUUUUUCCUGAUCAUGGUACACACUUCCUUCAAAUACUUCUCAGCCAUUGGCAAAAAAAAAAAAAAAAAAAAAAACCCACAGUGACAAAUUUAGAUUCAAUUACCAGUGGAACCAUGCGGUGAAUCAUAAAUGUAUUUUCGGCCAUAAAAAUGCCAUUUUUUUGUGUAUGUAGUAGUGUCCAUUUAUGAAAACAGUUUCUUAUUCCCUAAUAUUCAACAACAGCCAUUAGUGGCAUGCUCAACAAAUCAUUUUAAUAUGUUUUGAUUAGGAGAAUUUAAUUAUACUGCUCUAUCAUUAACUAGCAUGUUGUCAGAGACCAUUAUCACACCCUAUAUCCUCUUAGAGUCUGUUAGCCAAACUGUACUUGAACCUAACAUCCACGUAACUACCACAUACGGAAAUCAAAAAUGCUGGAUAUACUUUAGAGGAAAAUAAUCAAAGCUGACUAUUUGAAGUUGACUUUUGUGAUAAAAGCACAACUCAUAUUCUUUUAUUCCUCUUAAACUAUAGGGAUUAUACUAUUACAUCAGCACCAGCAAUUUUUUAUUUUUAAAGAAUGUCACGACAUACUUUUUAUUCGUUUACAGCUACAUCUAAGGCUGUGGAACAUCUGUGAAACAGGUUUUUGUUAUCACGUACAUUAUAGCAUUUAUAAAACAGUCAUUUUCCCCACCAGCGCCUUUUUUUUUUUUUUUUUUGCAUGUAAUCAGAUUACCGUGAAUCCGCAAUUCUCUCCAUCCUGAAGACUUUCACAUGGUGGAAAACACAGUUACAGCUUUAGUUACACAGCACUGACACUGAAGACUUCUUCCAUAAACGCUAAAUAUCUCGUCACAGAAAACUUCACCAUAUCAACACAUUGUUUAAUCUGUUAAAGUGGAGCGUACACCAUACAAGUCCCUGAGUAAGCUGUUACCAUAGAAACAAUAACGAUACCAUGUUACCAUAUUAAAACAAGCACAUUAAUAAAAGCCUGUGAUUUGCCUCACAGCCGGAAUUAUUGUCGAAGUUGUGCUGUUACAGCAAAUUAAUCGACACCUUUUGAUCAGUCAGAAUUGAGACUUCAACAGUGCUGUGGUAUAAGUUCAGAAUAUCGCAGUCAGAAAUCCCUGCUCCUAGAAGGCCAAUUGGACUGCAUCAGCUGGGAAACAUUAUCCUCUCUGAUGCAGUGAAGUGUGCUGGAUUUGAAUUUGAAGCCCGACAGCCACAUCAUUAGCUCCUGUCUGAAGCCUACAGGGUUUCAUUAUGUGAAACUAAUGUGAGAGCGAGUGGUUUCCUAGCUAGCGUCAUUUCUUUUAUUGUUCUAAUUAUUUUCCACCUGCUGAAUUAUUGUGCAAGGCUGCCAUAUUGACAGACGUAUACAACCCAAGUGAGGCAUAAAUUUCCACCAGAGCUUGUGGAUGUACAGCUUCGAGUGACAAUUGACCCUGGUUUAGACCUUUUUUCUCCAAUAGAUAUGACGCAUUCACUUUAAUCAAAAGAUAAAUCUGGAUUUGGUGUAAGAAUCGU